UUUCUCUCAUUUGGAUCAUUGUACCUAUCAUUUUGACAGCUGGUUUUUAUAUUUGCUGGGGAUGCCUUGUAUGGGUGCCUUCUAUAUAUACUUCUCCUGGCAUGUACCUGGUCAAUCAUCCUGUACACCUUGGAACUCAGUUGGCACUCUACAUCCUAGUAGCAGGCAUUCUUUGCAUAUACAUCAACUACGACUGUGAUAGGCAAAGGCAAGAGUUUCGCAGAACAAAUGGCAAAGCUUUGGUUUGGGGUAAAGCUCCAUCAAAGAUAACUGCCACUUACACUACCACAACUGGGGAAACAAAAAGCAGCAUUCUUUUAACUUCGGGAUGGUGGGGAUUAGCUCGACAUUUCCACUAUGUCCCAAAAAUAUUAGCUGCAUUUUUCUGGACUGUUCCAGCUCUUUUUAACCACGCUUUACCCUACUUUUAUGUGGUGUUUCUUACAAUCCUUCUCCUCGACCGGGCGAAAAGGGAUGAUGAUCGGUGCCGAUCCAAGUAUGGAAAAUACUGGAAAUCGUACUGCGAGAAGGUUCGGUACAGGGUCAUCCCCGGAAUUUACUGAGAAAAUGUUGCACAAGUGUUUGUUCUAUGUUGAGAAUGGCAUGUAUAUUCAGCCUUUCCAAAUUAAAUGAUGGCAGGCUGGUAUCAUGUUGUUGUUAUUGUUGUUUUUGUAAUGGUCAACUUUAUGGAUAUUGUAUUUCUCUCAUCUUCAAUGACCAAAAACUUUUCUUGUUUAGGAAAAUUACUAUAAAGUUUUGUUUCUAUUUUUCAUUUUUGAAGUAAAAAUUGUUCAAGAUUAUAAAACUUUAUUAUGUUAUGCUUUCAAACUUAAGUUAGAACUAA